CUCUCAGAUUCUCCUCUAACAUUCCAUAGAAACAAUCAGAAAAAAAUAUUCCUUCUUUCUGCUUUCAACUCUGUCUUUUCUCUGAAAAAUUCACUUUCUAAUACAAAACAAAAAACAAUGAUUCUUUCUUGGAGGAGAAGAAGAGCCGGCCGGAGAGCCAACAAGAACAGCGUUAACGACGACAUCGACGGCACCGAAAUGGAGAUUACCAUUCCCACUCAUUUCCGGUGUCCGAUUUCCCUCGAUUUGAUGAAAGACCCGGUCACCUUGUCUACUGGAAUUACGUAUGACAGGGAUAGCAUCGAGAAGUGGAUCGAGUCCGGGAACCAGACAUGUCCAGUGACGAACCAGGUUUUGAGCAGCUUCGAUGAGAUUCCAAACCACACAAUUCGGAGGAUGAUUCAGGACUGGUGCGUCGAGAAUGGGUCUCGAGGCGUGGAACGAAUUCCAACGCCGAGAAUCCCAGUAGCUCCGAGACAGGUCUUGGAGGUGUGCGAGAGAAUAGGAAUGGCGACGAGGCGGGGUGAUGGCGUCAAAUGUCAAGAAUUGGUGGGAAAGAUUAAAGCUUGGGGGAAAGAUAGCGAGAGAAACAAACGUUGCAUGGCAGAGAAUGGAACAGGGUAUUCCUUGUGUGCCACGUUUGAAGCUUUUUCAAGCUCAUCAUCAACGGAGAAACAUGUUAGCUUGUUGGAGCAGAUUGUUUCCGUAUUGCCAUGGAUGUUCCCACUAGGUGUUGAGGGACAAGCCCUUUUGGGUUCUUCAUCUUCUUUGAAUUGCAUUGUAGGGCUUUUGAGGGGAAAAGAUCUUUCAGCGAGACAAAACUCUGUUUUGGUGCUCAAAGAGCUUCUUUCUCUGGAUCAAAGAUUCGUAAAUAGCUUGGCAGAGAUUGAAGGAGGUCUUGAAGCAUUGGUUGGAAUAAUCAAGGAACCCAUUUGCCCUUCAGCUACAAAAGCUGCUCUAACAUCGAUUUUCUACAUGAUUUCUCAAUCCAAAACCUGUGAGAAAACUAGGUUGAGAUUGGUGGAAAUGGGUUUGGUUUCUUUGCUGUUGGACAAUAUUGUUGAUGGAGAAAAAGGUGUUUGUGAAAGGGCUUUGGGGGUUUUCGAUGAGAUUUGCAAUUGCAAAGAAGGAAGAGAGAAAGCUUAUGAGAAUGCUUUAACGAUGCCUCUUUUGGUCAAGAAGAUUCUGAGGAUCUCACAGACGUCCUCAGAGUUCUUGGUCUCUGUACUUUGGAAACUAUGCAAGAACGAGAAGAGAAAUGAUGAAGGAAGCGUUUUGGUUGAGGCUCUUCAGUUGGGGGCUUUUCAGAAGCUUUUGGUUCUCUUGCAAGUUGGUUGCGAUGAGAGAAUUAAAGAGAAAGUCACUGAGUUGUUGAAAUUGUUCAAUCUUCAUAGAGGUCGAUUGGAUUGCAGUGAUUCCUCCAUGGAUUUCAAGUACCUCAAAAGGCCUUUUUGAUUUUUGUACCAAAAAAAAAAAAACAAUACAUUAGGAUAUUUUUGUUUUCUUUGUGUUAGAGAAGAAAAAAAUGUACAAAAAUGUAUACACACAGAAAUCUUUAUACAUAUACCAUUCAAUUUUUCAGUAA